AUGGCUUCCAAUGGUGACGUGCAGACAAACCAAGAUGUAACAGAUACACAGAUGGAAGGUGAAACUUCCUCAGCCCUGCCGAACGGUACCAAUGGCCAUAUGCAUGACCACGAACAUGCUCACGAUCAUGACCACACCAACCAUGACGAUCCCAACGCUGGUGCACUGUUCCAAGUCACCGUGAAGCUGCCGCACAAGCCCUACCAGCAACAGGUGAUGGUGACACAUCAAGAGCAGGUCCAAGAUGUGCGUCAGUCAAUUGUCGAGACACCGGAUACAUUCCAGUAUACCUGCUUCCACCUCGAGCACAACGGUCAGAGGAUCAACGAUUUCAUCGAGCUCUCCGAGGUCAAAGAUCUCAAGCCCAACGACGAAUUAGUCCUGAUGGAGGACCCCUACACGGAGAAAGAGGCGAGAUUACAUGUCAUUCGAAUAAGAGAGCUCAUCGGAGCCACCGGAGACCGCUCCGACCAGUUGCACGGUAUCUGUGCUGGGCUGUCUUUACACGACGAAAAGUUCGGCUCAACGCAAGCACCUGCGGACAAGUUGGAGGACAAUCCAUUGGCUGGCUACGAGGUUGACGGUCAACCAUCUUUGGACACCAUUCUACCUGCACAUGAGGAUACCUUGCCGAAGACGAUCAAAUCACUCUCUGUGUCUCAAUGGAACCCACCGCCAUACCAUCUGCGUCAGAGGGGUCAUCUGCUGUAUCUGCAGCUUACGACCAAUGAAGGCGAGCAGCAUCACAUCACGGCAAGCGUAUCCGGAUUCUUCGUCAAUAAGUCCUCGAGCAACAAAUUCGACCCGUUCCCCAAGCCAGCCCCUAAGAACCACAGCGCGCAUUCUUUACUGACCCUGAUCUCGCUGCUGUCACCGUCUUUCAACGAGACUUUCGUCGAGCUGCAGAAGAUCAACGGUCGGAAGGAUCUGCUCACAACAUUCCCAUUCCAAAAUGCCAUCCCAGCAAACCCUUGGCUCGUCCCAGCUUCGUAUGCCCAAGGAACCCAACACCAAGCUGAUCCUACAAGAGCGCAAGAGGCAUAUCUCAUUGGCGGCGCGGACGGAGCGGAAAACCUUCGGGAUUGGAAUGAAGAAUUCCAGACGACGCGCGAAUUGCCACGUGAGAACUUGCAAGACCGUGUUUUCCGCGAACGUUUGACUUCCAAGCUAUUUGCAGAUUACAACGAUGCCGCCGCCCGAGGUGCUGUGCUUGUGGCUCGUGGGGAGGUUGCACCUCUAAAUCCCACCGAAGGUCGAGAUGCACAGAUCUUUAUCUACAACAACAUCUUCUAUUCCUUUGGUGCCGAUGGCGUCCAGACGUUUGCCAGUGAAGGUGGUGACGAAGCUGCGAGAGUCGCUGUAGGAAAAGACGUUGCUGGUGUUAAGUCGGUCAACCAACUUGACAUUAAUGGGCUUUUCACGCCAGGUACUGUCGUAGUUGAUUAUCUCGGCAAACGCAUUGUUGGCCAAAGUAUUGUUCCGGGCAUUUUCAAGCAACGAGAGCCAGGCGAACAUCAAAUUGACUACGGUGGUGUCGAAGGCAGGGACAUUGUGACCGAGAACGAGGCCUUCGUUCCGGUCUUCGAAAAGCUUUCAAAAUCUCUACACGUCAAGAAGCACGCUGUCUGGGACAAGGAGAACAAGCGCCAUGAUUUGGAGGGAAGUGUCGAGACGAAAGGGCUGCUCGGAACAGAUGGCCGCAAAUACGUCCUUGAUUUGUACCGUAUCACACCGCUCGAUGUCGCUUGGUCAGAAGAAGUGGAGAGUGACACUUCUGAUACCAAGUACCCUCAUCGUAUGUCGGUCUUGAGGCUGGAACUUGUCGAGGCAUACUGGCGCAUGAAAAUGCAAGAAUAUGUCCGAGCCGAGGUGGAAAAGCGUCGUGCGAAUCAGGCUAAUGGCACCACCGAGGAACAGAAAAAAGUGGAGGACUCAAAGCCCGAUAGCCAUGCUGCUGAGGGCGAAAAGAAAGACGAGCAGAGCUCUGAGGCCGAGGUCGCCGAGAAGAAGCAGACUCCAGCUCUGGAGCAGGAGCGGGUUGACAUCUCGAACUUCAACUUCAGCCUCAAUCCAGACGUGUGCAGCGGACAGCAACCACAGACCGAUGAAGAGAAGCAAGAAUACGCCGAAGACGAGAAGGAAGUCCGGGCAGUCUGCGACUUCUUGCGAAGCAAGGUCGUUCCUGAUCUCAUCACAGACCUCCAUGAUGGUGAUGUCGGUUUCCCAAUGGAUGGUCAAUCUCUUUGUCAGUUAUUGCACAAACGUGGCAUCAACAUCAGAUAUCUCGGCCGACUGGCCAAGGCCGCAGAGGAGAAAGGUGUUCGUUUGCAAGCGUUCUCUCGGGUUGCCCUGCAAGAAAUGGUCGCUAGAGCUGUGAAGCACGUUAUCAACAGUUAUUUGCGACAUUUGCCUGCGGUCUUCGCUGCUGCUUGCAUUUCACAUCUUCUGAAUUGCUUGCUUGGGGCGGAAGUGAACCCAAAUCCUCGACCUGAGAUUGACGAGGACCUACGUGCGCUUUAUCCAGAGGGAGAUUUCUCCUUCGAGAAGAUGAACCCUACCAAAUUACAAGCAGAAAUCGCAAAACAGGUGCAGAUGCGAUACAGAUACGAACUCCAGGAAGGUUGGCGGGCGUCUAUCCAGCCACUGCCUCUACUUAGAGAGACGAGCUUGAAGCUUGGCCUACAGCUUGUUGCCCGAGAAUAUUCUUUCAGUAAAGGUGUUCAACUGUCUCUCGAGGCCUCACCUGCUCGAAGCAGCAGCGACACUCGUUCCAGCGAUGGUACGCAACAAGAAACCGCAAGCAAGAAAAAGAAGAAGAGCAAGGGUGGUGAGCAAGCGCAGACCAACGGUGCCGUCGUCAAGCCCAGCACGACCUUCACUCCCGACGAUGUUCUGAACAUCGCCCCUAUCGUUAAGGACUCGACGCCUAGAAGCGCGUUGGCUGAGGAAGCACUCGAAGCCGGCAAAAUCUCUCUAGCGCAAGGUCAGAAGCAGCUUGGUCAAGAAUUGGUGUUGGAAUCUUUAUCAUUGCAUGAGCAGAUCUACGGCAUUCUCCACCCCGAGGUUGCUAAGAUGUACCACUCCCUGUCAACAAUCUAUUAUCAGACUGACGAGAAAGAAGCCGCUGUUGAGCUUGCUCGCAAAGCGGUGAUCGUCACCGAGCGGACAUUGGGUGUGGAUUCUCACGAUGCGAUUCUGGCAUAUCUCAAUCUGUCUCUCUUCGAGCACCACGUUGGCAACACAAAACAGGCCUUGAAGUAUGUCAGACAUGCACUCGAUGUCUGGAAGAUCAUAUUCGGGCCUAGCCAUCCAGACUCGAUUACCACCAUGAACAACGCUGCGGUCAUGCUUCAGUCUCUCAAGGAAUACUCUGAAUCUCGCAAAUGGUUCGAAGCUUGUUUCACUGUUUGCGAGGGUCUUUUCGGACGACAGUCGAUCAAUGCUGCCACGAUCUUGUUCCAGCUGGCACAGGCUUUGGCUUUGGAUGCAGACGCCAAAGGAGCUGUGAAUAAGAUGCGUGAUGCGUACAACAUCUUCCUUGCAGAGCUGGGGCCCAAUGACCGCAACACGAAAGAGGCAGAGAGCUGGCUUGAGCAAUUGACUCAAAAUGCGGUCUCGUUGGCGAAGCAAGCUAAGGCCUUGCAAAGUCGAAGACUAGCCGGCCUGCGACAUCUUCCUCGAAUGGGUCUGGGUACUCGACUCCAACCACAGAAUGCCAACAGUGCUGCGCCGAAUGCAGCUGGUCGGACGGCCGCGACCCAGCCGAACGUCCGUACAGGCACCGGCAGUGUCGCGCUUGAUUCGAGAAGUAUUGAUGAAUUGUUGAAGUUUAUCGAGGGCGGAGACCCGGCUGGCAGCCCUCGUUCGAAGCAGAAGAAAUCACUGAAUCCGAAAGCAAGGACAGCUAGGAAAGCAACAGCUGCCUAG